UACCAACAAGUACAAGGGGCAGAUUAUUGCUGCAUCGGCAAAGGAUGCCAAUCAAGGCUUGUAUCCAGUUGCUUAUGCUAUUGUGGAUUCUGAAAAUGAGAGUAAUUGGAGAUUUUUUCUUGAGGUUUUGGCUGAAGAGUUUGCAAAACACCCUAUGAGGAGGGUGACAUUCAUUUCUGAUCGUCAUGUUGGGCUUGUUAGUGCUUUCCCUAGAGUGUUUCCUAAUAAUCCACAUGGGUUUUGUUUUAGACACCUGAUGUCUAACCUUUCUGACAAAUUUCCAGCUGGAUCUUACCUCAAGGAUAGGAUUCCUUACUUGUUUAUGUGUUGUGCUUAUUCUCGCACACCGGAGAUGUAUGAGUUCAACAUGGAAAUCUUGAGGAGUGAAGGCGGUGACAUAGUUGCUCAAUUUCUGGAGGAUCUUCCCAAGGAGAACUGGUGUAUGGCUUACUUUAAUGGCGAAAGAUUUGGUGAAAUGACAAAUAACUUGGCUGAGUCUUUCAAUAAUUGGGUGUUGCCUUUGAAGAGUCUUCCUAUUCUUGAUAUUAAUGAUGGCAUUAGAGUGAAGUCCAUGGCUUCAAUUGCUGCUCGGAAGCAGGAUGCUCAUGAAUGGUUGUCUGAGUUGUGCCCAGUGAUUGAAAAGAAGUUGAAGGACAAUUUGGAAGUCGGAAGGCAUUGGAGAGUGAGCAGGUCUGAUACCUAUGUGUAUGAAGUUCACUGCCAGAAGUACAAUAGCAUGGUAAAUUUGGAAACUCGGUUUUGUUCGUGUGGAAAAUGGCAGCUGUAUGGCUUCCCAUGUUCCCAUGCACUUGUAGUGAUCCAACAACAUGGUUCUUCCCCGUAUUUGUAUGUCAAUGAGCUGUACAAGGUGGAUAAAUAUCGAGAAACUUAUUCUUUCCCAAUUAAUCCUCUUCCCUCUAUUUCGAAGCAAGUGCAUGAUUUUGGUAGAGAUGCGGUGAUCUUGCAGCCGCCUUUGACUAGAAGACCACCGGGAAGGCCUAGAAAGAAGAGUUACAUAUUCAGCUACAUGCUUAGUUAUAUGUUCAGUUACAUGAAAUACUAUAUCAAUGACUCGAAAUUAAGUAAGAGAAGUUUCCGAGAAUCGAGGCUGAAAGAUUACCCGGUCGAGGUAGACGAUUCGAGUUCUGCAAUUCUUCAAAUCCCUAAAAUUUGGGGCUUUUUCUGUGAAGUACUUUUCAGAGUCGGCGCUGCUUCACCGUUGAGCAAAACAGUCGUCGGAGAAGGUAUGUGUCUAAGAAUGUGGCCGCCGGAGAUUAAUAUUUCUCUAUUUCGGAGUAGGUUUGAGCGGUUUUUUGAGGUUUGA